AUGGCAGACCCCGAGCAUUUCACCAAUCCAUUCUGGGCCCCCGAGCCAGAUGGGAUUCUUUCUGGUCAUGUCCCUUAUUCUUCUAUUGAAAUGACGAUUGGAGGCUUGGGGACCAUAGCGGUCCGGUCAAAGACAACAGGGACGUUGGAGUUUAUUGUCCGCUCCGCGGGACCGGAUCUCCCAACCUUGAAGCUCACGGUCACCGCUAAGAGUUGUGUCCUGCAAAUGAAGGAUGCCGAUUCGAAACCAUUCAGAGAUAUUCCCGUGAUUCAAUACCCAACAGAGCCGAGCACAUCAGAAGGCCCGAAGAAACUUCCAUACGUUUAUUAUCCGAAGCAACCUGCAUCUGCCUACUUGAAUGUCCAAUCCAAGAAGGACCCUACGGUUUACUGGAUAUCUGUUGAUCGAAGCAAUAAACGCUUCCGAUACGGUCAACAUCUCACAAAUGCGUCCCUGACAUACCUGGAGGCGCAUUUUGAUGGGGACAACCCGUCCAAACAGUGGAUGGACCAACUGAAGUCAACCGAAAUUCAACAAGAUGGCAGGGAAAUCCCAACGCAGGAUGUGAGAUACGACCCCUUGCCCGUCACGAUGGACAAGCCUCCUCUAGUUGUCUCAGAUGAGCAGGUAUCUCUCGACGAUCUCGACAAAUACACUCGAACCACAUAUGCCAAUCUACCUCGUGGAUGUCAAGACCUGUAUCACAAUGUCGCGGGUCACAAUGUCUCAUUGGAGUCCGCCAGCUUUCCUCAGCUGGCACAAGCCAUCGACUAUAGUUGUCGAGAUCCGAACCUGGUGUGCGGCAAGAUCCUGGAAGAAAAAAAGAAAAGGGAUGAGUUUCAUGACAAAUUGAAGACUUAUCUGCGAAUUACGGUGGGAAACAACUUGGCGAACUCCCCUGGAAUACCGUACGUGAUGGAAAUUUGGCCCCCGGGUCAUUCAUCCCCGAUCCAUGACCACGGAAAGGCAUCGGCGGUGAUCAAAGUCCUAUAUGGUAGCAUUGACUGCGCCUGGUAUGAUGCCGUCCAAGAGGGCCGCCAACCGCAGCAGGUUGGUAAAACGACCAAGCUGAGCAAGGGGGAUGUCACAUGGCUAGGCGACAAGCAGUUUCAGAUCCAUAAGCUCCAAAAUAAUUACAAGACGGUGUGCAUCACGCUGCAGUGCUACCAGUUUGAGCAGUCUGACAAAGAGCACUACGAAUACUUUGACUACUUGGACAAUACCCUCCACAAAGAUCGGUUUGUUCCAGAUAGUGACUGUUCCUACAGCAAGUUGAAGCAGCCACCACAGGUUGUUGUUGAAGUUGAUGGUGCCAUUUUGUAUGCUCCCAUCUAA